AUGAAUACGUCCACGCAAUACAGUAUGCGUUGGGAUGACUUUUCGUCUCAUUUCACGAACGAAUUUGUGUCUCUACGGAAUGAUGAACAAUUCGUCGAUGUAACAUUGUGUUGCGACGAUCAAUUCAUCAAAGCUCACAAAGUUAUUUUAUCAGCGUGCAGCCCUUAUUUUAAAAAAAUACUCAUGAUGAAUCCAUCAAAACAUGUCACAGUUAUAAUGCACAACGUGGAAUAUGAACUCAUGAAGACCUUGGUUGACUUUAUGUACUUGGGAGAAGUGCUCGUAAAUCAAAAUAAUGUUGAUAGGUUUUUUAAAUUAGCCAAAACAUUUAACAUAAAAGGAUUUCAAAACGGAUUCAACAAAAAUGAAACAUCAAUUUUGCCUUCAAUAUGUGAAAAUGUUGAGCAAGAUGUGCCAAAAAACGAUGUUAUUGAUUCAAUGGAUAACCAUGAUGAUGGAUUAUUUGCUAAUCAACUAGAUCAACUCAAUCAACUUGUGAAUCCCAAUGAAAUAAUUAAACGAAGGAAAAUAGAAACAAAUUAUUGGCAACAAUCUACUGAAACAACUUCAUCAACACAACCUGAAAAACAGAGGUGUCAUUCAUUGGAUCCACGACCAUGUCCAGAGUGUGGGCGUCAAUAUAGCAGUUUAUCUAACUUAAGGCAACACAUUGAAUUAAUUCAUAAACCUGGUUGUGUUGUCUGUCCUUUAUGUGGUAAAACAUUCAAAAAUAAGCUUUACCUACGGCGGCAUUUUAUUAGUUUUCAUGAAAUGUUACCAUCCAAAGUACAAAAUACAUCUGACCCAGGUACACCUUACACUUCAAAUUCAUUACACUAUCCAUCUGAUCAAAACCAACAGAGAAUACAAAUAAAAGAACAGUCAAAUAGCCAACAAUUAAGUUCCACUUGUUUUGAUCAAAGUAUACAUCCCCGUUAA